CUCCCUCCCUCCCUCGUCGCAUCCCACCCCACCCCACCCCUCCCUCUCCUCGGCUCGAUCUCCCUCGUCUCCGCCGCCGCCGCGACACCGACGCCCCAUUAUUCCAGAACCAUCUCCUCCGCGGGAGCCUUCCUGCCCCCCUCCCCGAUCCGCGGCGCCCCCGAUGCGGUGCCCGCGCCGCGCGAUCGCGUGACGGACGGACGGGCGCCAUGGAUCCCCCAGGCCCCGGCGACCAGGGCGAGGCGUCGCAGCCGCAGCCCCAGCCGCUGGAGUGGCGGUUCGCGCAGGUCUUCGGCGAGCGCGCCGCCGGCGAGGACGUCCAGGAAGUUGACAUUAUCUCUGCAAUCGAGUUUGAUAAAUCUGGUGAUCAUCUUGCCACUGGAGACAAAGGAGGCAGAGUCGUAUUGUUUGAAAGGACAGAUGUCCGGGAUCAGAAUGCAAGCUGGAGAGAACUAGAGAGACAAGAUGUUCCUGUUACUAGACACCCAGAAUUCCGCUAUAAAACUGAAUUCCAGAGUCAUGAACCUGAGUUUGACUACCUAAAAAGUUUGGAAAUAGAGGAAAAGAUCAACAAGAUCAAGUGGUGCCAGACAUCCAACAAUGCUCUCUCCCUUUUGUCUACAAAUGAUAAGACAAUCAAAUACUGGAAGGUGCAAGAGAAAAAAGUAAAGCGAGUUUCUGUCAUGAAUUUGGACACUUCUCAAAGUUUAGGUACUAGUACUGCUAUUGCAAGUACGAGUAGUUCUAAGGCGCCUCUUCCAAAUGGUGGUUGUUCAGAUAAAUUCAAUUGCCUGAACACUAAUCUCUCAUUUCCACCUGGAGGUUACCCAUCACUGCGUUUGCCUGUGGUUACAAGUCUAGAGGCAAGCCCUGUUGCUAGAUGUCGACGUGUAUAUGCUCAUGCUCAUGACUACCAUAUAAAUUCUAUCUCAAAUAAUAGUGAUGGGGAGACAUUCAUAUCAGCAGAUGAUCUGCGAAUAAAUUUAUGGAACUUGGAAAUAAACAGCCAAAGCUUUAACAUUGUUGACGUGAAGCCUACAAACAUGGAAGAUCUAACAGAGGUGAUUACAUGUGCGGAGUUCCACCCAAUCCAUUGUAAUACACUGGCCUAUAGUAGCUCAAAGGGCUCUAUCCGACUUAUUGAUCUACGACAAUCAGCACUAUGCGACAACCAUUCCAAGAUAUUUGAAGAACAUGAGGCACCUGGAUCAAGAUCCUUCUUUACAGAGAUUAUUGCGUCAAUUUCUGACAUAAAGUUUUCAAGAGAUGGAAGACAUAUUCUUAGUCGUGAUUAUAUGACUCUCAAGCUAUGGGAUCUAAACAUGGAUUCGGGCCCUGUUUCAACCUUCCAAGUCCAUGAACAUUUAAGACCUAAGCUUUGUGAUCUGUAUGAGAAUGACUCAAUUUUUGACAAGUUUGAGUGCUGUCUUAGUGGGGAUGGACUUCGUGUUGCAACUGGUUCUUAUGGUAACAUAUUUCGUGUUUUUGGUUGUACUCCUGGAAGCAUGGAGGCAACCACUUUGGAAGCAAGUAGGAAUCCGACGAGGCGUCAGAUUGCAAAUCCGACAAGGCCUACAAGGACACUGACUUCUUUUACCCGUGGUGUUCGGAGAGGUGGAGAAAACCAAGGCGUUGAUGCCAAUGGAAAUUCGCUUGACUUCUCAACAAAGUUGCUCCAUCUUGCAUGGCACCCAACUGAGAAUUCCAUCGCAUGUGCUGCUGCAAAUAGCUUGUAUAUGUAUUAUGCGUAGAGAAUGUCCUACAGAAAAUUUGUUGUUUUUUUUUGGCUUGCUCCCCAUGAAGGCCCAGGGCUUUCAACUGCAACCAGAGAGAUGGUUCAGGACGUUGUCAUCAGUUCUGCCCUUGGGGGCCAGAAGAGGCUGCUGAUCUCCACAAGAUCACCUUGUUGCUAUGCUGAAGUACAUGCAGCCUUGUUGAUUCUUUAGUACAUGUGUAAAUUAUAAUUCUAAUCAUGGAAAGUUUUGGUCCAAAGAUGCAAUUGCAGACUGCUGUAUCCAGUCGGCAUUUGAAGGUGCAGAUCGAAGAUAAAUUCUGCAGCGCAUCCGCAUUGCAAUGGCUGAAUGAUUGACUAUCUUUCACAUGUAAUGCCCCUCCUAGACAAGGCUAAUCAUGUUUUUGGAACUUGAAUGUCGGAACGAUAGAUAUUAUUGCUCAGUUAUUAUUGUAGCUAUUCAUCUUUAUUACUGUUCCUAUUCGUUGGACUAUUAAAAUAAGUUAGCACCGAUGUAAUUGUGCUCUUGUUGCUAUUCUAAGCCUGGACUCAGACUUCA